GUGAAAAAGGUAAAAAAUGGAGUAAAGUAGGAGCAACAGGGAGGAAAAAACAGGGUAGGAGAAAGAUGGAAGGAGGGGGAAGAAGUAUAUGGAUAAAGGCGUAGGAGAAGGCGUAAGGCAAGGGUAACAAGGAGGGAGAGAUAGAGGGAGGGAAGGAGAGAGAGAGGGGCAAGGGGGGUCGCGUCUGAGUGAGGAGUUGCAGGAGCCAGCAGUUGCCCGCUCGCUGCCGCUCGACAGGGAGGUGGUGUGGCAGUCCUCCGCGUGACCCUGACUGACUGACUGGCCGUCGCCCCCCCGCCCCGCCCCGCUCCACCCCGCCCCGCAUCGCCUCGCCUUGUUGGCCAUUACGCCCACUCGCGACGCCCUCAUCGAUAAGGAAAGAAAGAAAAGGGUUGACCAAAGACGUUUAAUGAUAAAAUAACAAACAUGAAGCCUCCGUGAUGUGGAGCGUGAUUAAUUAUUGCUGUUAUGAUUAUUAGACCUCUAUUUUUUACUCUUUUUUUCUCUUUAGUCAAGCAAGUGGCCUGGAAACUGUGCCUCUGUAUAUCACCCUUCUAGCGUCCACUUCAGAAAGGCAGUUAUCGUGAGAAUGGUUUAGCGGCGAUGAAAAGUGAAGAAGACACACGUUAAUGUAACACGACUUCCCAACACUUCCCCUGCUAACCGGUGUGGUGAGGCGCGCUCUCCACCACCACGACCAAUGAUACCUUUAUUCUCUCUCUUAGCCUCCUCCUCCUCUCUCCCCCUCCUCCUCCUCCUCCUCGUUCUCUUUGUCCUUGUCGGCCUCCUCUACACUUUCCUCUGCGUGCUGAUACCAUGGUAGUGGCACUCAUUUCUGUGCUACCCUCCUCUGUGUUGUCUCUCGUCCGUGCUUUUCUCCCUUGCCUUCCUUUCCCGAGUACUGCUGCUCUGCCCUGCCGUCCAGGACCACUUGAGCUGGAGGGUCCUGACGCCGUCCCCGAUCUCAUUCGUGUAGUGCCAGCUGACUCCACGUCUUCAGGUUGUGCAGAGCUUGUGGGCUGCUACACCCUUGCCGAGUAAUCUUCCCUCACUGCCCUCUAAUCCAUCAUCCAUUUCCAAUCCCAUAUCUACUCUUAUUUCACCUGUCUCCACCCUUCUUACCGAAUCCUCAGACGGUAGAAGUCACGACCAUGCCCGUCAUUCCGCCAGUCUCCGCUACCCCGCUGCCUCACGACCCCACCAAUGUUGCCGCGCCAGCCAAUGCCUCGCUGGGUGGACAAAUGAGGCACACUCGGAGCGGAGAUGGACACGUGACACUGAAUGACAAUAAAUCACUAUUCCGUCCUCACCUCCUCGUCGCGCUCUCCCCGCAAGGCCUCUCGCUUCUCGAGGCUGAUGCUAUGCUCAGAACACGACAAAGACCUCUAUACCCCUUGCUCCCCUUCUCCGCAAGAGGAUAGCAAUCUCUCUGUUACAUCGAGAGAAAUGAGGAAUCAAAUCGGCGUUACAGACUCUCAUGGUGUCAUUCAGGCUGUGCAGAGACACGGAAGCGAGGCAGGGCCCUUAAAUCAAGUGUUUGUAGCAGGGAGCGCAAAACGAGAGAAAGUGGAAAUCUAGCCGAAGCUCAAGUGAAUUGAUAUUGGAUGACGGGAGAGAAGAUUCUACAAUAAGUCAGACAGUUAUAAAAGCCCAGUCUCUCAGCGGCGGGGAGACAAAAGGCUCCCGGAGGCCGCCAGCAGAGUUAAUGAAUCAUACAGUUGCCUACAGGGAGAGAAAAACCAGACGUUCCCUUGGGAGCAACGCUCGGCAGACUCAGGUAAAUUAUUCAAGUUUGCAAGCAGAGGUGACUUUCGACUCAGCGCAAGAACAAAAUCAAAAGGCAACCAAAAAACAAAGCAGGAAUCGAACGACUGAGAAAGAGGAGAAAAAAAUCAAAACCCAGGUUAAGCUCAAUAAAAACAUCAUUCAUCCUACUCUCCUUAUGUCUCCGUCAGGGGAGGCCCAGACGCUGAGUGAGGCACCGGGUCACCACCGAGACGCGUCCUCUAACCGAGAUGUUGAGCGCGCUUCCAUGAGGAACGUUAAAAUGUUCAUGUCGGAGGAACGUUCGCGAGGAGCAAGUGGCAACGUCUCUAGGAGGAGGACGCAGCCUUUGUCCUCACACGACUUGAAAGACGCUGAGGAACCACUUGAUGAAGAGGAAAAGUAUGGAGCUGCAAAGCGAGAUGGGGAGAGGGGUGUACGUUUUCAAAGCCAAAAAAGGGAAGAGUGAUGGAGGGAGGGGAGACCAAAUUAAGAGAAAGUGUAGAGGAAAAGUCAGAGAGUCAGCACAAGAGCCAAAGUGACACUUCUUUUCACGCUCUUCACGUGUCUCCCUUCAUCCCGGACCCAGCCUUGAAUGACGAUGACUCUCCAGCUAAGCCUUCCCUUGAUCGCACCUCCGCCAGUGUCGUUGGCAAGAAGCUUGUCCCUACAGCCUCUGGCGACAAACCAUCAUCCGAUGACGACACCUGGACUCCAGCGUCUCAAUCCUUCAGAUCACAAGGUAGCAGCGAACAAGCGGACGAUGAAGACAAGAGCAACAUGGGCCUGGGGAGGGAGGCCGGAGAGCUCUCGCGAAUGGCUAACAGGGUAAAAAUAGAAACAAGGGGGAUGGAUGAGUCGUUACCUGUGCGCCCCAGUCAGGAGGAAGAACGCAGUGACAAUGUUCUGGAUAUCCAAAACGAGGCCGCGCUCCAGUUUUACGAGGCACAAACAAACACGGCGAGUGAUAAACAGCAAAUACUCAUACAGGAACACGGGGAGCUCCCUCUUCUCUCGCCUUCCGAUGAAACAAGGGCAGGAAGAGGGAGGAAAGUACUUCAAGGACCCACGAGUAAGAGAGGCACAAACCAGGCUCAUGACAUCCCACUGCUGGACACGGAAGGCUCAGUGCGGAUCCCCUGCUACGUGAUAAUCUUCCUGCUGGGGAUGAUCGGUAACACUCUAGUGAUCGUGACCCUGCUGCAGAACCGCAAGAUGAGGACGAUCACCAAUGUCUUUCUCCUGAACCUGGCAUUCUCGGAUCUCCUGCUGGGGGUGUUCUGCAUGCCUUUCACGCUCAUCGGCUCGCUGCUCCGGGACUUCAUCUUCGGGGCGGUGAUGUGUCGCCUCAUCCCUUACUUCCAAGCUGUGUCCGUGUCCGUAUCUGUAUGGACGCUCGUGGCCAUUUCGUUGGAACGGUUCUACGCCAUCUGCCAGCCGCUCAAGUCCCGGGGGUGGCAGACUCUGUCCCACGCAUACAAAAUAAUCUCCCUCGUGUGGCUCCUGUCCCUCGUGUUCAUGGCGCCCAUAGCAGUCCUCUCCCAGCUGCUGCCAGUCGGGAAUACAAGCCGCCACAAGUGCAGGGAGAUGUGGCCGUCUCUUCACUUCGAGCGUGGCUUCAGCAUGUUCCUGUGCGCCACUCUGCUGCUGGUGCCCCUGGUAAUCAUGGUGGCAGCCUACUCUUCGAUCACCAUCUCCUUGUGGCACGGCAUGAAGCUGGAACGUGAGACCGGACAAGGUACCGAGCCCUUGAUCUCCCUCACGGACCUCAACGGGCUGGCCAUGGUUCAGCAGAGUCUUCGGCGGAAGCAGUCCCGUAGACAUGUAUCCAAGAUCUCCAUUAGGUUUCGAAAAAUUCCUGCGCAAACGAAGCAGUGUGUGCAUUGCGGGCGGCUGAAGGGGAAGGCAAUCUCGCCCAUACGCCCUCGCCCAGGAGAGGGCCACCCUCACGCCUGCCUCCACGACCCAGAUUGUGAAAAUUACAAGUGGCGGGUGGAGUCUGUGAGGGAAAGUAAUAAUGGAGGGAGACGAAGAGUAGAUGGGAUGAAUAACGCGUUGGGAAUUUCCACCUCUUCUCCGUGCAGCAGACGCCCAACCAAGCCUGAUUUCAAGCGCCUGCGCAGCACACACCUGGAGAAGAGCAUCGAGGCCAAGAAGCACGUCAUUCGGAUGCUGUUCGUGGUGGUGCUCGAGUUCUUCCUGUGCUGGACUCCCAUCUUUGUGGUCAACAUUAUGUGUCUCUACAUUCCGGAGCAGGUGUACCGAACACUGGGCUCUGUCGGGAUAUCCUUCCUUCAUCUCCUCUCAUACGCCUCCUCCUGCUGCAACCCCAUCACCUACUGCUUCAUGAAUAAGAAGUUUCUCCCGGGGUUUCGCUACGCCUUUGGUUGCCGCAAAGAGGCGGAAAGAAACGGCAGGAAAAAUGGAACGGCGGCGAGUUUUAGGAGUCAGAGUAACAAUAUUUUUAAGCUGGCGACGGAGGUGAAGCGAGACGCAAGGGAGACUACUGUGUGAAUAAAAGA